UUACAUUUCUGUCUCACUGUGCUUACAGAUAACAUUCCUGACACCCUCGGACAACACUCUUAUCAAUACUGAAUUGAAACAUGGGUUCCGGGUGCCAGUUGUCUUGGCAAAUGUGAAGGACAAAGCCAAGUUUGGCAACCUGAUAACCAGGAAUGGAACUUGUCCUGUUAUGUACCAUGCUACAUCCUUUCCCUUUACAUGUGAAUUGUAUUUUGAGACUCCUAUGGCAGAUCUUGAGAUCCAGGAUGUAUUUACUGUUUAUCAGGAUUUUGAUGUACACACUGGAACAUAUGGAUGCAUGGUAAUAUCUUCAGGGAUGCCAACAGUGAACAAAAGUGUCCUGCAGACCAAUAUCAGUUUGCAUGUUUCCAGUGGCUCCAUGAUUUCAGAUACUCUGACAGUCCCCUUCUUGCCUGCUGUAUUUGUCCACACCAAGCAAGCGAACCUGAGUGAUGCCAGAAUGUCAACUGACAUCAUUGUUUCUGGCAGACCUGAUGUCUUGAAGCAGCUCGAAGUAUAUCCACAUGAUGGAAAAGACUUCCUGACAGUGAGUGGACCAAUCUUGGAAACAAAUAAAGCACAUUAUCAAGUCUGGCUUACAGAAAGAUACUGGAAGGAAGCAGAUCUGACCACUCCAAUGUCUGUAGUUGUUGACUCAAAAAGGACAUUCCAAAAUAUAGAGGUCCCAGUUAAGGUACGUCUGGUUGGAGGAUCCGCAUGGGGUCAUGGACCUUGCAUAAUGUCAAAAGUUGGCAUGCCUGUCAGUGACACCGUUUACUACUAUCGUGACACAUUUACAAUCAUAGGAUCUCUCAUCGUUAUCUUCUUCGUUACAUUUUAUGCUUAUGUCCGCUACAUGCACCCCUUGCUUCAACCUGCCCCACCACAGUCUGUGCCAUCACUACGACCUUCUGCUGGGAUGAUGCCACCCACAUCUCCUCUGGCAGAAGCCUUCGCAGGAUCACAAGUGAUGUAUCAACCAAGCAGAAGCUUCAGAUCUCAGCCUUCAGUUCAGUCCCCAGGCCUGAGUCCCUCCAUAGAUCCUGUGUAUGGAGACCCACAGCUGUAUUACCAGCCAUCAGACCUGCGAAACAUACGGAGUCGAAGACUGCUCUAAUGCAUGUGUUCAUUUCUUUCAGAAGGUGAAAGUACUUACACAAUUUCCAUAACUGCCAAAACAAGCGUGAUGGUUGUGAGUGAUUAUGAUUGUUAAAUUAUAUUUGUGAUUGCUUGCGAGGAAGAAUGUGACUUGAUACAGUCUGCCUGUGUGAAAUUUCAUAGGGUCUUGUGAAUCCAGAAUUGCAAAGUACAAACUUGAUAUUUCUUAGAUAUUUGAAAAUUUAUUACAGAGAUAUUCUUUCUAAGACUUUCAAACUACAAAGUAAUUAAACUUAUCAUUUCUGGAUUUAUGUUGUGCCUUUAAUGGUCAUGCUGAAAUAUAUUAAGAAGCUACAUCUUGAAAUGUUUUAUUUCCAUCUUUAUAUUUUGACCCGUAAAGCAAGGAAACCCCUCCAUCCUGUGUAGAAAGGUGAAAAGUUGUAAACAAACGUAGUAGACAAGAAGAGUUUUCAGUGUGAAUCAAAUAUGGCAGCUUUAUGCUACUCCUGUUAGUUGUGGUCAUUUAGUCACUGGCAUAUUCAAACUGACAUAAUAUUACAGAAUUUAGUAGUAACUGGCUCAACUGCCCUCUCAAAACAAUAUACAGAAAACUUUAAAUAUAACUUAUAAAACCUUCUCUGCAAUUUAUUCCUGCAGCAAAAUUCUGAUAAAAUCCAAAGUUUCUGGACUGGGUCACAUGUCUUGUGUGGCUACACUGUAUCCAUACAGAUGCACACACUUCUUGGAUGUUUUUCACGAAACUCCAUUGGAUAUGUGAUGUCUGGUGUACAAAGUUCUCAGCCUCCACCCACCAUGGGAUCAAGGAUUCAAAUAUGUAAGAUUUGAGGCUUUCACGGCGGUGACUAUGAAG